CACAGCAUUAUUACUCUUCUCCGAUUUCUCAGGAAGCAAACAACACUUGAGAAGAAUCUCUCAUCUCAUGGCCAUCUCCUUCUUCCUUCUCUUCCUCUUUCUCACUCCAACUAUUCUCUCCUCCUCACCUUCAUCAGACCCUCCACAAACCUUCAUCGUUCACGUGUCACAAUCCCAUAAGCCAUCUCUCUUCUUCUCCCACCACCACUGGUAUCUUUCCAUCAUCCAAUCCCUUCCUCCCUCUCCCCACCACUCUUCCAAGCUCAUCUACACAUACAAUAAAGCCAUCAAUGGCUUCUCCGCUCAUCUCACAGCCUUCCAGGCCGCAAAGUUGAAGGAAUAUGCCGGAAUUCUCUCCGUAAUACCUGACCAAACUCGCCAUCUUCACACCACACAUACACACCAAUUUCUUGGCUUGUCUGAUGACUCUGGGCUCUGGCCUAAGUCUAGCUAUGCGGAUGAUGUUAUAGUUGGAGUUCUUGACACAGGAAUUUGGCCUGAACGUGGGAGUUUUUCGGAUUUUGGAUUGUCAAAAGUUCCCCUAAGAUGGAAAGGAAUAUGUGAAACUGCUCCAGACUUUCCUGCUUCAGCUUGUAAUGGGAAGAUUAUCGGAGCAAGAGCUUAUUUUAGGGGGUACGAGGCUUCUCUGGGGAGGCCUAUGGAUGAAACAAAGGAAUCAAAAUCUGCAAGAGAUACAGAGGGGCAUGGAACUCAUACAGCUUCAACCGCAGCUGGAGGUUUGGUUUCUAAUGCGAGUUUUUAUGAGUAUGCUUAUGGUGAAGCUAGAGGUAUGGCUAUAAAGGCUCGGAUUGCGGCCUAUAAGAUAUGUUGGCAAUUUGGUUGUUUUGAUUCUGAUAUACUUGCUGCAAUGGACCAAGCUAUUGCUGAUGGAGUUGAUGUGAUUUCUUUAUCUGUUGGGGCUACCGGUUUUGCUCCUCAGUAUGAUCAUGAUUCUAUAGCCAUCGGCUCAUUUGGGGCUGUUCAAAAUGGUGUUGUUGUUUCAUGUUCAGCUGGGAAUUCUGGCCCUGGAUCGUUCACAGCUGUGAACAUUGCGCCUUGGAUUUUAACUGUUGGGGCUUCAACCAUUGAUCGCGAGUUUCCUGCUGAUGCAAUUCUUGGCGAUGGGACAGUUCUUCGUGGUGUUUCACUGUACUCUGGUGAGGCUUUACCUGAUUUCAAGUUGCCUUUGGUUGAUGCCGGGGAUUGCGGCAACAGGUAUUGUUAUAUAGGAAGUCUACAGCCUUCGAAAGUUCAAGGGAAAAUUGUUGUUUGCUAUAGAGGAGGGAAUGCUAGAGUUGAAAAAGGAAGCGCUGUGAAACUUGCUGGCGGAUUGGGCAUGAUUUUGGCUAAUACUGAUGAUAGUGGUGAAGAAUUGAUUGCAGAUUCACAUCUUAUACCGGCCACAAUGGUGGGUGAAAUUGCAGGCAACAAGAUUAGAGAGUAUCUCAAACUGAGUCAAUUUCCUACAGCUACAAUUAAGUUCUAUGGCACAGUGAUUGGUCCUUUGCCGCCUGCUCCAAAAGUUGCAGCCUUCUCAAGCCGAGGUCCCAACCAUUUGACUCCAGAGAUUCUGAAGCCUGAUGUCAUUGCUCCUGGUGUCAAUAUCUUGGCUGCUUGGACUGGUUUCAAUGGACCAACUGAUCUAGACAUUGAUCCUAGAAGAGUUGAUUUCAACAUAAUUUCUGGAACCUCAAUGUCUUGCCCUCAUGUUAGUGGACUGGCUGCGUUGCUCCGCAAGGCAUAUCCGAAUUGGUCACCUGCUGCAGUCAAAUCUGCUCUGAUGACUACAGCUUAUAACCUGGACAAUUAUGGGGAAAACAUUAAAGAUCUUGCUAGUGGUCAAGAGUCAACACCAUUUAUCCGUGGUGCCGGCCAUGUAGAUCCUAACAGAGCUUUAAAUCCAGGAUUGGUGUAUGAUAUUGAUGGAAGUGACUAUGUUUCAUUCCUUUGCUCCAUUGGGUAUGAUGCUAAGAGAAUUUCUAUUUUUGUCCGAGAGCCUGUUAGCCCUGAUACAUGUUCAGGCAAAUUGGCUAGUCCUGGAGACCUCAAUUAUCCAUCAUUCUCUGUUCUUUUUGAGUCUAGCAGUGAUGUUGUGACAUACAAGAGACUGGUGAAGAAUGUUGGCAAGUCAGUUGAUGCUGCUUAUGAGGUUGAGGUGAAGUCUCCACCAAAUGUUGCCAUCAAUGUGUCCCCUCAAAAGCUUGUGUUUAGUGCAGAAAACCGGGCUCUGUCAUAUGAGGUUAAGUUCUCCAGUGUUGGCCUGGGUGGAGUUGGUGUUAGUUCACAACAAUUUGGAUCAAUUGAAUGGAGUAAUGGAGUUUACCUUGUGAGGAGCCCUAUUGCUGUUAGAUGGAGAAGCCAAGGCUCAAAGGACACCAUGUAAUUUUGGAAGCCUUGAUUACUGUAUUCUGUUUCAUUCUCAAGUAUUUGAAGUGGGCACUUUGUUUAUCAGAUGUGCAGGCUUUAUCAGCCUCUUGUGCACUUAACUAAUGCAGCUUGAAGAUGGGCAAGACUAGUUUGAUUUAUUUCUUCUUUUUCUACUUCAAUGUAGUGGCUAAAAAUAGCAACAAUGAUGGGAGGAUUGUAAAAUUUCCACUGCUUAGUAUAGUGUAAAUUAUUUUGAUGAAAUAAAUUUUCAAGAGAAAGGUGUUAAA